UGAAAGGAGGCUUUUUUGUAAAUUUUCACAACUUCAGUGGCUUUUGAUUGGCUUUUUGUAUUUUUCUUACAUCUUUGUGUUUCAGGAUUUCCCCCCUUCCACCAAAGCAGAAGAAGAGAGGGAGAGGAAGCGGAAAGAAGGGUCGUAGAGCAGAAGCCAUGAACGCACCCGAUCGUUACGAGCGAUUCGUCGUCCCCGAAGGCACCAAGAAGGUUUCAUACGAGAGGGACACCAAGAUCAUCAAUGCCGCCUCCUUCAUUAUAGAGAGGGAGGAGCACACAAUCGGCAACAUACUGCGCAUGCAGCUUCACCUGGACGAGAAUGUUUUGUUUGCUGGAUACAAGCUCCCUCACCCUCUGCAGUACAAAAUCAUUGUCAGGUGGAAGCAAAGGCUUUUGAUUACAUAAUCUGAGUAGAAUAAGGGCCUGCACCUCCCAGUUGAUCCUCUUCUGUUAUCCUUGCGGUUUGUUGAAGAGAAUGGAUGGGUUGGUUGUAGAUGAAAAUCCUAUUGGUGCAAAGUUCAGUUCUCAACCCUCCUCUGUCCCAGCACCCCACCUCCAUUUCUGUUUAGAGUUGGAUCGGAUGACGAAGUUUUGUUGGACGAUGGCGAAUGUUUCUGUGUGGUGUUCAAUGACUUUUCUAGGGUUCUAACCAGCUUGAUGCUGCUUUGUAGAUUCACACCACCAGUCAGUCUUCGCCGAUGCAGGCUUAUAACGUAGCCAUCAAUGAUCUCGACAAGGAACUCGACCACUUGAGAACUGCAUUUGAGGAUGAGAUUGCCAACCAUUCAAGUGCUAGGGAGUACUGAGGGAGCCAGAGCUGAAGAUUUUGCCAGUUAGACUAGAACAGAAUGUUGCUCGAGCAAAAAAAAUGUAGAUGAUCUCCCAGGACAUUUGACGUAUUUUGUACGUUAAGCAGCUUGUUCGGAAUAGAGACUGCGACGUAAAAGUUCGCGCGCAAGCUCUGCUAUGGUUUAGAGUACAUAGGAUCCCGAACAGUACUGCUCUCUGGCUGAUCUGUUUUCCAGUUCCAUGUUUUCUUCAAUGCUUUAGUUUUUGAGUUUGGUAAUCACAGAAGCAAUGCUUUUCUUAAA